GGCUCAAUAGGGAAGGAAAGAUCUUCCGAUGAGAGAAAAUCUCAGAGGGAUUCCAAAUAUGACCCUCUCGUUUCCGAUCAAAUCGAUGUCCUAAUAAACGAACCUUCCGUUUAAGAAUCUUCCCAUCUCCUAACGCUCACAAUUCAACAGAUUCUUCAACUGCAAUACACAUAAUAUAUAUAUACUAUAUUGCUUUGUACCCAAGCUAUAUUAGGGUUUUAUUUAUCAUCUCCUGAACUCACUAAACCUUCCUAGGGUUUUUGAAGAAGAUCAAAAAUGGUGGUGAAGGACGAGAACAGCGAAAAGCCUCUUGAGCUGUUCCUGAAGAUCGGUUUGGACGAGCGUACUGCGAAGAACACUGUCGCGAACAACAAGGUCACCGCAAAUCUAACAGCCGUCAUUCACGAGGCAGCUGUAACUGAUGGAUGCGACCGGUCUAUUGGAAAUCUUCUUUACACAGUUGCAACAAAGUUUCCGGCAAAUGCCCUUGUGCAUCGCCCAGUGUUACUGCAAUAUAUUGUCUCAUCAAAGAUAAAAACUCCAGCCCAGUUAGAAGCUGCAUUUUCAUUUUUUGCAACUACUGGUUCCGAGAAUUAUAGGAUCAAUGAAUUUGAAGAGGCUUGUGGUGUUGGAGUUGAAGUCUCUGCUGAAGAUAUAGAGCUCACUGUUAAUGAGAUAUUUGAACAGAGGAAGAACGCAAUUCUGGAGCAACGCUAUAGAACGAAUGUUGGUGAACUAUUUGCUCGUGUGCGGAUGCUGCAGCCAUGGGCUGAUCCAAAGAUUGUCAAGCAACUCAUAGAUACAAAAUUAUAUGCAUUGCUUGGUGAAAGGACGGCAGCAGAUGAUGAAAAGCCUAUUAAGAAGAAGAAAGAGAAGCCUGUUAAAGUAGAGGAUCAAACUCCUGUUGUGGAUACUCCACAGAAACCAUCUGAAGAAGAACUUAAUCCAUUUUUGAUAUUCCCUUCCCCAGAAGAGAAUUUGAAGGUGCAUACUGAGAUAUUUUUCAGUGAUCGCCCUGUGCUGAGAGCUUGCAAUUCAAGGGAAAUACUUGAAAAACAUUUGAAUGUGACAGGAGGAAAAGUUUUUACCCGCUUUCCACCAGAACCAAAUGGAUAUCUACAUAUUGGUCAUGCCAAGGCUAUGUUCGUUGACUUUGGCCUUGCAAAAGAAAGAGGUGGAUGUUGCUAUCUGAGGUAUGAUGAUACUAAUCCUGAAGCUGAAAAGAAAGAGUAUAUAGAUCAUAUUGAAGAAAUUGUAAAUUGGAUGGGCUGGGAACCUUUCAAGAUCACUUACACCAGUGAUUAUUUCCAAGAUCUUUAUGAUCUAGCAGUGGAGCUGAUACGAAGGGGUCAUGCUUAUGUUGAUCAUCAGACACCUGAAGAGAUAAAGGAGUAUAGGGAGAAAAAGAUGAACAGUCCUUGGAGGAAUAGACCAAUUGCAGACUCAUUGAAACUGUUCAAUGAUAUGAAACGAGGCAUGAUUGAUGAAGGCAAAGCAACCCUCAGAAUGAAGCAGGACAUGCAGAGUGAUAAUUUCAAUAUGUAUGAUCUCAUUGCAUAUCGUAUCAAGUUUACUCCCCAUCCACAUGCCGGAGAUAAGUGGUGUAUAUACCCUAGUUAUGAUUAUUCUCAUUGCAUUGUGGAUUCUCUUGAAAACAUUACCCAUUCGCUUUGUACACUCGAGUUUGAAACACGCCGGGCUUCAUACUACUGGUUAUUGGAUGCACUGGGUCUUUACCAACCUUAUGUAUGGGAAUACUCGCGCUUGAAUAUCACCAACACAGUGAUGUCAAAGCGUAAGUUGAAUCGUCUUGUGACACAAAAGUGGGUUGAUGGUUGGGAUGAUCCUCGUCUGAUGACAUUAGCUGGGUUACGACGUAGAGGAGUUACUUCAACCUCAAUUAAUGCUUUUGUUCGAGGAAUCGGAAUUACUAGAAGUGAUUGUAGCAUAAUACAUUUGAACCGCCUUGAGUAUCAUAUAAGAGAAGAAUUGAACAAAACAGCACCUCGCACAAUGGUUGUGCUUGAUCCACUCAAGGUUGUUAUUACAAACCUUGAAGCUGGCUCAGUGAUGGAUCUUGAUGCAAAAAGAUGGCCUGAUGCUCAGAUAGAUGAUGCAUCUUCUUUCUACAAAGUCCCUUUCUCUAAAGUUGUGUAUAUCGAAAACACUGACUUUCGGUUGAAAGAUUCAAAAGAUUACUAUGGGCUUGCUCCUGGUAAAUCUGUCCUACUCAGGUACGCAUUCCCUAUCAAGUGCACAGAAGUUAUCUUUGGGGAUGACAAAGAGACUGUUCUUGAGAUUCGAGCUGAGUAUGAUCCUUCCAAGAAGACAAAACCAAAGGGUGUUCUCCACUGGGUCUCAGAGUCUUCUCUUGGGGUUGAUCCACUCAAGGUGGAAGUCAGAUUGUUUGACAAACUUUUCCUUUCUGAGAAUCCUGCGGAGCUGGAUGAUUGGCUUGGUGAUUUGAACCCACAUUCCAAAGUGUUGAUAUCGGAUGCAUAUGCCGUACCCUCACUUAAAAAUGCUACGGUUGGAGACAGAUUUCAGUUUGAAAGGCUUGGUUACUUUGUUGUCGAUAAGGACUCCACACCUGAAAAACUCGUCUUCAACCGGAUUGUCACACUCCGAGAUAGCUACGGCAAAGGCGGGAAGUGAGUUCCUUGCACUACAAAUGAUAGCCUGAUGAGGAGGGGCAGAAAGAACAUCAUUUUAAGUUUCUGAAUAGUUGAUAUGUUUAUGGAAUAUUCAAAUACUUGCUAGAAAAAUAUAGAAGUAGCAUCGUAUGGUCAACAGGAAGCUGUGUUAGAGAUUUUGUACUAUCAUACAUGUGGAUAAUCAAAUGAAAAAUGAUACUUUUUUACAUGUUUAUUUAUUCAUUUUCUUUCGCA